AUGCAAAAUCUACACCAGAAAAAUCCAGUGCAUGAAUCAAAGAAGUCUCUUGAGAAGAUUGUGCAUGAAUCUACAAAGUCUCCAAAGAAGCCUGAGAUGGCUGAAGUGAAUGUCUCGACUGUUGUCAUCAAACCGGUGGAACCUGUUGAUGAUACUGUAGUGGCAGAGAAAAUUCCUUCGAAAACUGGUGUUUUUCGUCGUUUGAAGAAAAGGUCUAGGGGUUCCAGAAAAUCUUCUGAUGGUGGAUCAAAAUUUUCUCCUUCUAAUGUUCGUAAACCACAACUCUCUCAUCAAGGAGUUAUUUUUAGAGAGGUUCCAGCUCUAGUCUCGCCUCUAUCUAAGAAACGAAGAGCUGAAGAUGUGGCCAAACAUAUUUCGAAGAAGAAGAAAAGACAAAGAAAGUUGGUUAUUCAAGAGGCAUCUUCUGAAGAAGAAAUUGUUCCUGAAACACCAUAA